AUGGAAAAAGGUUUUGGUGUUAAGAAGAAAACAAGUCGUAAUUCACCAAAUGGAAACAUGAAAUUUGUUUGCUUUUCAUGUUCUCGAGCUAGGAAAUCACAACCCACAAAACAAAAUCAUCUUAUUCCUAAUCCACAGACGAAAGCAAAUUGCAAAGCAAGAAUUAAUGCUACUGAGUUUGAAGAUGGAAAAUGCAAGAUCAAUUAUUCUGUGCUCAAGCAUAAUCAUUGUCUAAGUCCACAUAAAUCACAAUUCUACACUUGCAAUAGAGAAAUAGGCAUUGGGGCACAAAGAAAGUUGGAACUAAAUGAUCGUGCUGGUGUUAGUAUGGCAAAAAAAUUUCAAACACUUGUAGUGGAAGCUGGUGGUCAUGAUAAUGUUCCAUUCUUAGAAAAAUAUUGUAGAAAUUUUGUUGAUAAAGCUAGGCAUUUACGCUUAGGAAUUGGAGAUGCUAAAGCAAUCCAUGAGUAUGCAAGCUAA